CCGACUCUUGAUACAACAUGUCUAUAGCCUCUCUUCAAGACAAAGUCGCCAUAGUUACAGGUUGUAGCUCUGGUAUUGGUCUUGCCACAACGCGCCUCUUCCUGGAGCGCGGAGCUUCUGUCUUUGGCAUUGACCUUGGCGCACGGCCGCAGAAGCUUGCCGAGGACUUUUCGACUUUUACUUUUUAUCAAACGGACCUGACCGCUACACAAGCAGCUGAGCAUGCUGUGGCCAAGUGCGUUGGCAAAUACAACCGCAUCGAUGUUCUGGUCAACUGCGCUGGAGUAAGUGACGGGUGGAGUAGCGCCGACACCAUCCACGAGGAGGAGUGGGAGAGAGUCAUAGCUAUUAACUUAACGGUGCCGAUCCGUAUGAUGAAAUCUGUGCUUCCCGCCAUGAAAGCCCAAGGCAAAGGCGCCAUUGUAAAUGUUUCCAGCAAGGCUGGAACGUCGGGCGCAAGCUCUGGUAUAGCCUAUACGGCAAGUAAACAUGGCUUGGUCGGAGCGACUAAGAACGUAGCAUGGCGGUUCCACAAAGAAGGGAUUCGGUGCAACGGCGUGCUACCCGGAGGUGUGGCUACGAACAUUGCGAGUUCGGUACAAAUGGAGCAUUUUGAUUCCGCCGGCUUUGACGCGUUCUUCCCUGUCGUGCAGCUGCACGUAUCCAAGGACAGCGAGGGCACACCUGUUCCAAACAUAGGUGCUGAUGAUGUUGCGCGUGGCAUUGCUUUCCUGGCUUCGGAUGAGUCUCAGAUGAUUAAUGGCGCGAUGAUACCUAUUGAUAAUGCAUGGUCUACAAUCUAACACAACUAUUCUAUUGGCGAAUACUCUGCUGUAACCUGCCUUUGCCUAGUUGGUAAA